AUGUGUACACCAGCUAAGAAGGUGCCAUAUAGCUUUCUUGCAGAAGGUUUUGUAUCCAUCUCUGCUACGCGUUCACGAUUAAGCAUCACCACUAUCUUGACCAACUUACUCCGAACAAUCAUUGAGCAUGACCCAUCUAGCCUUUUACCUACAGUAUAUCUCAUAACUGGCCAUUUUGGCCCGGCGUACGAGGGUAUUGAGCUGGGAAUUGGAUCCCAGAUCUUGACUAAGGCUAUCAGAGCUGUUUCCGACGUGUCCCACAAAGAGCUCAAGGCGCUUUGGAACAAACAUGGUGAUCCGGGUGAUGUUGCAUUCGAAACUCGAAGAUCAGUCAGAACGCUAUUUAGUCGUACCGCACAGCUCACUGUCCAAUCAGUAUUCGAUGAUCUAUAUAAUCUUUCUCAUUUGAAAGGGCCUGGCUCUGUGGACACCAAAGUUGAGGUUGUUAAAAAACUUAUAGUCUCUGCCAAGGGGGAAGAAGUCAGAUUUCUAGUUAGAAUAAUGUGCCGAAACCUUCGGAUUGGUGCAGUCAAGCUGACUGUUACAUCAUCAUUAGCACAAGCUUUCUGCCUCAGCCGAUCAUCUACCACAUCAUCACAGAAUUCAAGCUCUAUAGAAACAAAUAAACCUGGACGAUUGGAAACUUUGAAAAUACUCACACAAGCUCAGAAGAUCGUUCGAGAGGUUUAUGUUCGACAUCCGAACUAUGAUUCUAUUAUUCCAGCUCUGCUUGAUGAAGGCAGUCUUGAAACGCUUUCUGAAAAGGUUCCUUUAGCUGUAGGAAUUCCAAUAUCUCCUAUGCUUGGACAGAUCACUCGAGACUUGAGUGAUGUUGAGCAAAGGCUAAAAGCAGAUGAAGAAUUUGUAGCUGAGUGGAAAUACGAUGGACAACGCGUGCAAAUACACGCCAAACGUGAUAUCUUUGUCAGACUAUUUAGUCGUCAUCUUGAGGAUAUGACUGAUAAGUAUCCAGAUGUUCUGGAUUUGGUUGUGGCCUUGUUCGAGCGAGGAAAAGCUAGUGAAUCUCAUGAAAUAAUAUGUGCGAUUGAUCCUGUAACAGGCCAGCUAAAAUCGUUCCAAUCUUUGGCCAACCGUAGUAGGAAGGAUGUCAAGAUAGAAGACGUUGAUAUCCAAGUAGGAAUCUUUGCAUUCGACUUGAUGUAUCUCAAUGGAAAGCCUCUCUUGGCCGAGGCAUUCCGAAAGCGUAGAUCACUAUUGAAAGAUCAUCUUCCGCCUUUUGUACCAACCGAAGGAUCUACAAGAUGCAACUUGAUUGCACGUUUCGAUCAUGUUAAUUCGAUGGAAUCAACAGUGACUAAGUUGCAAGAAGUCCGUGAAUUUAUGUUGGAAGCUGUGGCUAAUAAAUGUGAGGGAAUCAUGGUCAAGAUUUUGGAUAGUCAGACCUCACCAAGCUCCAUGGUGAUGGAUCAGGAUGUUGAUGGUAAUAUGGAGGUAUCAGGCUCAGAAGAAGAGGAUAGAAUGGUAGGACAAGAUGAUCAGGCCAAUUUGGAUUCAACGGUUGGGGCGAAGCGAUCACGUAAGAAAGCUUUACUAGCAAGUUAUGAGCCUGAUAAACGAGCAGAUAGUUGGCUUAAAGUCAAAAAAGAUUAUGGAGAGUUGGGUGAUAGCUUAGACUUGGUACCCAUUGGUGCCUGGCAUGGUCAAGGCCGUAAGGCGAGCUUCUGGUCACCAGUCUUGUUAGCGCUUUAUGACCCUGAGAGUGGUGGAUUUCAGGCGGUUUGUAAAUGUAUAUCAGGAUUCAAUGACCAAUUCUAUAAAGAUCUAGGUGCUCGCUAUACGAAAGGAACAGCUCGAUGCUCUGCUGAGAAACAAUUAGGUUAUAUUGAAUCAAGUGGUGGUCAUACACCUGAUGUUUGGUUUUUACCAAGUGAAGUAUGGGAAAUUCGAGGUGCUGAUAUUACGCUAAGUCCAGUGUAUAAGGCGGCGCAAGGAUUAAUAGAUCCAGAUCGAGGUCUAUCAUUAAGAUUUCCACGUUUUUAUCGAAUCAGAGAUGACAAGGGCGUCGAAGAUGCAUCUCAUCCUGAAGAUUUCGCUGAGAUGUGGAGAAGGCAAGAAAAGAAAGCAUAA